GCCAAUCACUGCUCGUCUUCGGCGUCAUGCUUUUGUUUCGCUCACACUAGUUUUGCGCCAGCUAAAUCAGUGCCCCACUAUAAAGUAUAAUAAUUAGCUCGGUCAUAGCCGCGACUUUGUUGUUACUUGUGAACGUAGCGCUGUUUGGACGUCGAAAGGCUGGAUUCAAGCACGCCGAGCUUUAGAGGGGUUGUUUUUAUACAGAAUUGUCGUUGGCUAUCCGUUGUGAGAGAUAGUGGUAGACUGAUGACUUUGGGAACUGAUGAAAGAGAUCUCCUCUCAACAAGUGAUCCCGCAUCUCGUCGUGUUACUGAUGCUGUGGUUCAAAUCUGGCGACAAACUACUGCAAACGAUCGCGUACACCCGGGAAAGUGAAGUUAUUGCACAACGUCUCCGUCCGCCGCUCCGACCUGCGACUCAACGCUUUGGUUUGGUUUGCGUGUCUGUGGUCGCUUGGUGACCCGGGGGUUGGUCUAGCUAGCGAGUGUGUGUAUGUGUGUGCGCGCCCUUGCGCGCGCGCAUUUGUGUGUGUGUGUGUUCUCAAGGCAACGGGUCGCUGCAGCUGUGCAGUCGACCGAUCUGAAAUCUCCAGAAAAUCACUUCUGCAUUCAUAAAUAAAUACAUCUGCAUAACACGGAACCAUAAGGAAUCUGCUCCAUCUGGACAGCAACGACCAAGAAUUGAGUCUACAUUAUCCCGCCUCACUCUUCCAGCGGUGGCCUCUUACUGCCUGACUCGCCUUCCAACCAGUGGUCACUUGAGAGCCUUGGAGAGAGGGCAGGACACCGACCAGGAACGACGCUCAGAGUUCCUGUAAGGGGCUAGGUGCUAGCCCCUGUACCGGGCUAGAGACUAGCCCCUGUACCGGGCUAGAGACUAGCCCCUGUACCGGGCUAGAGACUAGCCCCUGUACCGGGCUAGAGGCUAGCGACUGUACCGGUCAAGGGGCUAGCGACUGUACCGGUCAAGGGGCUAGCGACUGUACCGGGCUAGGGGCUAGUGACUGUACCGGGCUAGGGGCUAGUGACUGUACCGGGCUAGGGGCUUGCACCUGUACCGGGCUAGGGGCUUGCACCUGUACCGGGCUAGGGGAUAGCAACUGUGCUGGGCUAGGGGAUAGCGACUGUGCCAGGCUAGUAGUGGGUUGGUUGGGGGGAUCGGAUCCUUUGGAAGGGGGACCUAGACCUAAUGAGUUAUGGAGUCGGGGAAGAACAUGAGCAAAGCAGGGGUUUUGAACUGGACCCCCGCCCCACUGCGCACCUCUCCGCCCAGCUCCGCUACGUCUGAGGAUGGAUGGGAGGACGGAGUUGAUGUAGAUGGUUAUUCUGUUGGUGGUGAUGAGGAGGAGGAGGAGGAGGAGGAGGAGGAGGAGGAAGUAGAAGAGCUGAGGGCAGAGGACUUUGAGAGCCACAUGGAUGAGAACGGCAUCAUUGGGCUGCGAGACGCCCUGGAGGAGGUUGAACUCAGGGUGAAGGGAGACAUUGAAGAUGAGGGAGGAGGUGCUCGGUGUGCCCCCACUGGAGCCUGUGGUGGUCCAGAGGAGCCCUUUCCAGGUGCUUCCACCCCAGCCUACCCUGAAGAAGAACACAUCUCACCUGCCGCAGUAACCAAACCUUCAGGGAGGACUGGCAGAAGCGAAAAGUGCCGAACACCCAAGAACACCUCCACGUCCUCCCCAAGCUGUCGCCCCAAACCUGCCUCUUCCCUGUCUCCUUCUCUUCCGUCUCUUCCUUCUCCUCCUUCACCGCUGCAGUCCAACGCGUAUCCCCACCUGCACCACUACUCCUCGGAGGAGCUGGCUCAGUCCGUGGGCAUCGAGGAAGAGACCCUGCCGGAUGAAGACGUCUACUCGGAGAGCCUUCCGGAGUCCUGCUGCAGCUGCAGCAGCAGCCACCACAUGAGCCAUUCCCCCAAGCCUCAUCGGUUACCGGACGUAGCAGCCAGGGAUAUGGGCCCUCAGCACGGCCUAAAGGUUAGUCUUGACCCGGCACUGACGGAAUGGGAGGGGAGGCACAAACGGACCAAGGACAUGCCUGAAACGUCACGAACCGAACGGCUCAAGAGGAUGACAUCUACUCCAAGAGAAAUGCGCGCGUACUCUCCUGGAGCCUCUUCUUCUAGGCCCUCGAACCCUCCAGAACGACCUGCCUGGUCUAUAAAGAAAUACCAGGCAGCCCCACCAGAAUGUCCACAUGCCCUCUACGCUCCUCAAGGUGGGAGGAUUGGUAGGAAGCCAAGAGAGAGAUCCCGCGGGACCCUGCAGACGUUCGCCAGAAAUAGAACUCCAGAACGGGAAGUCAGGAGAGAAGCUCCGAGCUUCCGUACGCCAGACUUCUCCAAGGUGGAACCAAAGGUCUACUUCCCCAAGAGCGGCUAUGAGCCCCCCAAGAGCCGCAAGUCCUGCAGGGUCAGUCUGUCCCCCGAGCCCACCCUGGUCUUCAAGUCCCCCGCGGACAUCGCCAAAGAGAUCCUCUUCAGCAGCACGGACGCACCUCCCUCUCCACCUCCUUCUCCGUCGGCACCGGAGCAGAACUCCACCAUCUCCAUCGUCCCAGAGGACUUCAGGUGCCCUCAGCGGGCCACCCGACUGGUUGAGCAGCUUCAGGAGGACUACAACACCCUGCUGACCAGGUUCGCUGAGGCGGAGAACACCAUCGACCGCCUGCGUCUCAGAGCCAAGGUGAACCUGUACUCCGACCCUAAACGACCCGACCAGAGCUUCAAAUCCAGGAUGACCCAGGAGGGGUUAAAGGUCAUGACCCUGAGCUUCCCCCAUGCCCAGAGAGCAGUGAUGGGGUCCCACUCAGGACACCAGAACAGACUGGAGCAGACUCAACCGGCGGCCUCCCCUGGCCGUCCCUGCUCAGGGUCCUCCAGCUCCUCUAGGGGGAGCUGUGGGUCAACAAAGAGCCCCUCCAAGACGCUCCGCACGCAGGCAAACAAGUUCCUACAGCAGGUGAAAAGAUUUGAGGACCUCAUAACGAGUGGGCAACUGGAACCGUUCGAGCGUUUGAAGGGUCUCUCCCGGCUGGUGCAGGGGCUGGACCUUCUGGAGAGAGGUUACCUGGCAGCCCGGGACGAACGCAGACACCGUGGAGUGGCGGAAGUAAGACCCUUUGACCCCAACAGGGAGCUGGAGGGGCUGAUCUUCCAGUGUGGGACGUGUGUGGAGGAGAUCAGGGAGCUGUCAGAGCAGCAGCAGUACUCCUCCAUGGCACCUCCUCGUCCCAGCUCUGGAUCCCUGAUGAGUGAGCCCACGGAGCCCCGGUCCCAACCCCAGAGCCCCGGGGUCCUGCUGCCUGGGGACGCGGGGCCCCUGCUGGGGGCCGGGGGGGGGCUGAGCUGCACCAGCGGGGAGAGUGGAGGGGAGAGUGAGGAGCGUCUCCUCCUCCAGCCCUUCAGGAUGGACGAGAUGGACCUCAGCUCUUUGAGGGGCAGCUUCCAGAGCUACCAGGAGCUUCCUACCCCGGCCGAGGUCCAGAACGAGGGGGCCCGGCGCUCUCCCAGGGGCCCCAGGCUGCCUCAGGACCCAGGGGGGCCCAGAGAGGCUGGAGGAGCCCAUAGGGGACCCACCCAGAGAGACUCCGCCUCCUCCGACGACAGGGCCACGCCCACCAAGCCGGGCACCAGCCAAUCGGAUCGUCCGUCUCUCAACGGGGCCGAGCGCUCCCAAGACCGGUCUCCUCCGGUUCCCUCCGCACGGCCCUCCGGUCAGCAGGAGCAGCAGCAGGAGCAGCAGCCUCCAGACCUCCAGGCCAGGGGGCGGAGGGUGGGCCGCUGCCCCAGCAGCAGCCUCACCAGCCUGGGGGAGAGCGGAGAGUGGGAGGCCAAGAGCUCCAGGCUGGGGGGGGCGUCCAGGGGGGUGAUGUCUCAGGAUGGGAUCGUAUCUCCAGAGACCGACAGUGGCUUUGUGGGCUCCGACGGCACUCCAGCUGCAGCCAUCAGUCCUCUCCACCAGAGGGCGCCAGAGAGCCCCUCUCUCCCCCAGAACAGGAUUCCGAAGAGGCAACGAAGCAACCUCUCGGUGCAGGUCACCCUCCCCCUCCCUGCUAGCGCCCCCCCCACCUCCUCCUCCUCCUCCUCCUCCUCCUCCUCCCCUCCUCAACCCGCUCCACAGGAGCACAGCAGCAGUGGAGGGGCCAGUCUAGGGAAUAAUGGCACCUCCAGGCGACCAAUGAGAAACGGCCGACAGGAGAGGAGGCGGGACUUAACUGCCGGUGCCUCUCAGCGAUUGGUGGGUCCGACGCCUCAGACCACGGCGGGCAGCGGGAGCAGUGAUCCGAGUCUGGAGUCUGAACCCUCCCACUGUGUGUCAGAGUACGAUGGCGAAGACGAUGAUGAAGGCCAACAAACCACAGGUUCCUCCGGCUCCCGGGGCGGCCACUCCCUCUCUUAUCACCAUGACGACCCCCACAAUGCACCAGGCCCCGGAGGUCAGAUGCCAGAUCACAACGUCAGUGAGGCGAUGCAGGAGCUGCAGGCGGAGGUGACCCGGCUGAAGGAGAGGCUGGAGAGCAGCCUGAGAGCCAGACACACGGCCCACCCUGCCCUACCUACCAGCCCCCCCAGUCAGCCCCAGCCUACCAGAGCCUUCCCAGCAGCCCCCCAGCCCAGCACCUCCACCCCCCGCCUCAGCGCUGGCAGGAGCAGGGUGGAUGGAGGAGGAGGAGGAGGGUGGAGGAGGACGGUGACAGAAGGAGCACGGGGAGAAGGCGGUGAGCCGGCGUGGAGGAGGCGGGCGUCCUCCGCGCCCACACAGAGGCCUCGGCAGGGAGCAGCAGACCCAGAGAGGGGCCGCUCUGCACCUUCAUCCCUCCCCCCAGACCGCCCGGCCUGGACCCCCGCACCGGACCCCCGGCCGCAGCCCGGCCGGUCUGGGUCCUCGGUACCGUCUGACGAGGGUCACUCCGCCCGGCAGCUCGGGCGCGCUGCACGUCUUGUUGUUACUGCUGUGGUUCCAGGGCCCGGGGGUGAGGCCCCUGGCGCUCCCCAGGUGUGUGCCGGGUGUGGCCCCUCAGAGCCCGCUGAGCGUGUGGCCCCUCCGACAGUGCACAUGCAGGAUCCGCGGCAUGUCUCCAGAGGGCCCCAGCCCGCUGCAGGUGGGUUGGAGGGGGGGCCGGGAGGCCCCGGUCUGACCGCUCCGGCCCCCCCCCUCCUGGGCAGCCUGGGGCCGGUACACUGGUUACCAACGUGUCACCCAGCGCUGCUGUUAUGCCCGUGUGCCCUGACGACGCCGGACUCACGACACCCGUACAUCCACGCACAUAGCCUGGGCCGCGCUACCUCAGAGGUCGGGGGUCACGGGGAAGUGAGAAGGCACGCGAGUCGUCCGCUGAUCGCUAAGCAACGGGACUCUCUGGGCUGCUCUCUGAACAAGGCCCUCCGGGCGGCCCGGGACAUGAAGCUGACCUCCAGGCGCAUGGCGCGCUCUCUGGCCUCAGGGCUGCACUACCAGGAAGCACUGUCUCAGUCCUGCAUCUACUAGCUUCCUGCUAGUGCGCGGGUAGCUUUCUGCUAGGCUACUUCCAGCUGUCCUCCUGCAUUCAGCAGCUUUCUGCUAACUUUUGACUAGUCUUCCCCAGUUCACUGUUCACUUUCUACUAGCCUUCUGCUAGCCUGCUGCUAGCUUUCUGCUAACCUUUAAAUAGUCUUCCCCAGCUCACUGUUCACUUUCUAGUAGCUUUCUGCUAGCCUGCUAUUAGCUUUCUGCUAACUAUUAACUAUUGUCUUCCCCAGUUUACUGUUCACUUUCUACCAGUCUUCUUCUAGCCUGCUGCUAGCUUUCUACCAGAAUGCUGCUAGCUUUCCUAUAGCCACUAGCUUUAAACCAGCAUCUGGCUCAUUUACUGCUUACCUUCUUCUAGUCUCCUGCUAGUUAGCUGCUAGAAUUCUGCUAGCCUGUGACUAGCAAAUGAUAAAAUAGGAACUGCUGCAGUUGUCAAGUCAAAUAAAGCAUUCAUAACUACAAGAACCA